AGCGUCCAUAGGCGGGGACAAUAGUGGGCCUGGCUCGUGCGUUUGGUUGUGUAGACUCUGAGUAGCUGUUUUGGACUGGACUGAAUCUCACCACACCUUAUUUUUUGGACAGCUUCAUACACAGAUGUUACAUCAUAUUCCACUGGAUAUGUACGUGAAAUAGUUUAGGAUCCAACUCAUAUUUUGUUUCUUUCUUCAUGGAUGGCAUGGCUUUUGGAGAAACGUGAUUUUUGAUAAGUGUUUGCAAACUCGUGGGAAAUACUAAGCAAAGUUACUGUUCAAGUGAAGUUUCAUUCCAAAGAUGGAUCAGCAGGCAGCUGGAGGGGAGGACCCAAAUAAACCCUCCAAAAAGAAAUCCAGUGAGGAUGAGAGCAAAAACAAAAAACUGAACAUACACAUAAAAACAUUGGCUGAUGACAUGCGUGACAGAAUCACCAGUUUUCGAAAGCAAGGCAUGAAGAAGGAGAAGCCUUUUAUCCAGCACCCCACAGACCCUAUCUCCACCCAGACCGAGCUGCCUGUGCCCCAGCCACUCUUCGACGAGCGCUCCAUGAACCUGUCAGAGAAAGAGAUUGUGGACUUGCUUGAGAAGAUGAUGAUCGGAAACUCUGCCAAUUUCGCAGCACCUGAGCAGAACUGA